AUGCCUGUGGUGCCAGCUGCGGCCGAGGGUGGUGGCCAACUGGAGGACGAGCCUCCAGAGCCUCGCGCCCGCGGAGGAAGCGGAAGAGCUAGCCUGAUGAAGCCGCUGGUCGUGUUGGCUCUGCCUGGCAUGUAUCUCUUUUACAAGUACAGCCAGUACAGGCAGGAGCAGCGGGAGCUGUCCAGGCGGUGGGUCACCGAAAGAGAGCUUCAGCAUCUUCAUCAUAAAAUCGACAAACUGCUAACCAAGCUGGAGAAGCACGAACCGGAGCUGGCGUCCUCGCAGGAGGACGAGUGUGUAAUCUGCGUGAAUGCCAGAGCCACGGUGCAAACGGCUCCUUGUGGUCACCGAGUGGUUUGCAGACGUUGCUUCGUGAAGACGAUACAAAUGGCGGUGUCGCAGAGGCUGCUACCGUUGAGAUGUGUCAUAUGCAGGGCAAAGAUUCUACGGCUGAAACAAACCCUCAUCCCACGGGAUUAUUCGAUGUCGGGCAAGUCCUGGGUUUUACCACAGAGCGCGUCGGAAUACAAUAUGGGUGCGGGGGUCUCCGUGGGGGUGACCGGUCCCGGUGGUAGAUGGGUGCCCGGAAAUGUACCAGCGUCCGCCUCACUGUACUCCAUGGCCAGUGGCUCGUCCUCUAUCUCCGGAGUGUCUUCCGUGUCUUCUUCGAGUUCGUCUUCGGCGGGUAGCACCGGAAGCUCGAACCUUGGGAAACCAACGAGGGUGAGACAACCUUCCGGCGCGACUCUGAGACGCUCGCAGAGGCAGUCCAUGAAAAUGAGAAUCCAGGAGUACCAGGAUCCGAUUCAGCAGGUCACCACCGAGGAGGAAGAGGUGUUGAGGGAGAAUCGGGAACGCAGAUUGCCGCCGAUUAAAGAAUUCCAAAGGGAUUAUCGUGCUGGGAAAGCAUCCACCAGGAUACGAUGUGCUCAAAAAAUCGUCACCCAAUUGGAGUCGUCGCCGAGUCCCCGGGGUUCGAGCGCAGCGGCGCCCGGUUCGACGUCGUCAUCGGCGUCGAAGGCGGCGUCUGCGAAGAGGCCGCAAUCGGCGCCGAAACUCUCGGUGGUGCAGGAGAUCCAGAAGUUGAAGAAGGAGAAAGAGCGGGAGAAGGAACGGGAGAAAGCGGAGAAGGCUCGGCAGAAAGAGGAGGAGAAGGCAGAGAAGAGCAGGCAGAAGGAGGCUAAGAAACAGGCGAAGGAGGAGAAGAAGAGGGCGAAGAAGGAAGCAAAGGCGAGGCGGAAGGAGGCCGAGGAGGCACUCCUCAGGGAGGAUAAGUAGUCUUCGUCUAGAGUCGAGUAAAAGAGCGAUGGAGACGUAACCGAGGAUCGAAGAGAUUUCUCGGUCUCGCAAUUCUUCUCGGGGCUCGAGCCGCGCCGCGGAAACGAUCUACUAUGAUAAAAUCAAAAGAUUAGCGUUUUGUAAUUACGUACACUAGGGGUGAGAAUAAUCAUAGUAUUUUCCUCGGCAGAUUCUUUUUUUAUAUAAAUACGUAUUUCCGAGUCAGGGUAGAGUGAUCUAAAGAUCAACGUGGAAAAUCAUCAAGAAAUCGAAAAGCUUGUGACCCUUUUGAUACCCUUGAUGGUUCCUUUUUAAAGUACACAGAUACAAAUUAAUUUUAUUCCAGACUAGACGACGGAACUUUUCGAGAUCUUAAUAAGAUAGAAACCGUUCAACGCUGAAUUAUAGCGAUCCGCUCACGGGGUAAGUAUAAUGAUCGCGGCCGCUGUAGAUGGCCCGAUUAGGCUAACGGUAAGGCAUUUUAACGUUUUAUAUAAAACUAGACUGCGACGCGACGCGCGGUUCGAGCCGAGUUCGAGGGACGCGAGGGACAAGUUCUAGCGGCGAUAGAUUAUUAUCUAAGAAAACCUAGAAGCGGCCAAACUUAGUAACCUGUCAUAUCGAGUUAUCGCGGACUAAUAAUUAAACUAAUCGAUAGAUAGGAAGACUCGAGAAAGCGUAGACGCUAUGUUGCUAUUAUUUGAUUAUCGCGUAUAAUCUUUAGACUCUGUUCAAGCCACUCGAGCCACCAUCCUCCCCCCAGUGGACGUUUCCUUUAAGGAACAAGUUUAACCCUUUUUAUAGAAGUCGUCGUCCCUCUUGGUCCCCCACCCUCAUCCUCACCCUCGUUCGUUUUUAGCGGUUUUCGUUAUUCCUCGACUCUGCUUCACAGACAAUACUCCUGUAGCGAGGACGUAGCUCAACAUUCAUCCAAGUUUACCCUCUUAGGAGUCCUGAGUCGUUCGCGCAAUCGAUAAUCCCGUUCCUCCAAUCGAUUCGCAUUGGUCAUCUAUCCUUAGAACUCCCCCCCGUUAUCGUCAUAUAAAACUUAAACCGUACGACCGACUCUGACGGAUCAAAUUGAUCGACUUCGUUUCUCAUCGCAUAACACUAGAAUACGUAUAAUAAUGAUUUUACAUAUGAUUUCGUGAAGCGGAAAAAUGCUAGUACGUUUAGAAACGAUCCUGGACAGAAUUAAUUAAUUUCAAUGAAUUCAAUCGUGCGUUGCUUUGCAACCUCAACGAGGAAGCAAAUACACCGAUGACUCGAUGAGAGAAUCAAACGUCGUCUGAAAGCGGACGACAAAACUCCCAAAGCCAAAAGCGACUUUAUUUCGCUUCCCCACCCAGUC